GUCGGUGCCGCUAUUCCGCACGACUUAACGAGGAAAGUCCGCGGCCCGGCUGCCCUACGUGGGACUGCCGAGGUGUUGGUGCCGCUAUUCCGCACGACUUAACGAGGGAAGUCCGCGGCCCGGCUGCUCUACGUGGGGCUGCCGAGGUGCUGGUGCCGCUAUUCCGCACGACUUAACGAGGGAAGUCCGCGGCCCGGCUGCCCUACGUGGGGGUCCCGGACUCCUGCUCCUCCCCGAGCAGCAGAAGGUGCCCAGAUGUUCUCCCCAGCCCUUUCACCGGAGGAACAAAGGGGCUUGGCGAAGAAUCUCACCACUUUUCUGUCGACGUACAAACACAUAUCCGACUCCUACAUAAUCGAAUUCUUUUCUGAAGAUCUCUGGAACACGUUACCCAUCAAAUGGCAGCAGGUGCUCUGUGACCUGUCACCCCCACAGAUCGCAGAGCUCUUACUGGACCCAGCACACAGGGACAGAAGAUAUCCAAUGGUAUGGCCUCUUUCCCUCUUGGCUUUCCGGGCCACGGCGCAUGCCCUGGCCUUUCCCCGGCUGGCUGGGCCGGAGCAGGAUUGGGAAACAGGCCCGCUGAAGCCAGAGGAGUUCCUGGAAAACCAGAGCCAGAGCUCUCUGCUGGGGCAUAUAUUUAGGAAACACGUCAAACCCAAGAAACAGCAUGAGAUCCGUAGGCUUGGCAUGUUAGUCAAACAGCUCUGCGACCAGACUGACUGCCAGAGUGUUGUGGAUGUGGGCUCAGGACAGGGUCAUCUGACCCGGUUUCUGUCAUUUGGACUCGGACUGUCUGUGACGGCAAUCGAGGCUGAUCAUGCAUUGGUCGCGAUGGCAUCCAAGUUUGAUGGCCAGCUGCUGUGGACCCUCGAGAAAGAAAAGCAGAAAAAGAAUGGCUCCCUUCAGCUUUCAGUUUCUGGACCCUCUCCCCGCCAUGUGACCGGUUGGGUAACCCCCAAGGCAUCAUGGGAGGUCUUCAUCAAGCAACUCAUUCCUGCUGAAUGUAUUGGAAAUGGUCACCAAGGGCAAUCUAUACGUAGUAAAAAGAAGCUAGGAAACUCUGAACAAUGGGAGCAUGGGUGGCUCCACACCACAGAACCAGAACCUCUUAGUUCUACAGAUUGUGCCACUUCCUGUUUGACAAAACAGCCCCAGGACUCAGAGCUGCCAUCACAGCACCAGUCCAGCUCACCCUUGUCUCCGAAGCACCUGCGCAAGAAUGACGAUAACAAGGAGUUUCCCUGUGACUGCUGCUGCCGCUGUGCACAGCCUGUCCAUCAAGCAGGGCAGUGUGGCUACCCAGCCUUUGUCCUGACAGGUCUCCACGCCUGUGGUGAUCUGAGUGCCACCCUCCUCCACCACUUUGUCAACUGCCCGCAUGUGCGUGGCAUCACAUCAGUGGCAUGCUGCUACAUGAAGCUCACCACCAAAGAAAACCCCAUCCCACCAGGUCUGGUAAUUCCUCCCGUUUCUAUUACACCGGCCAGUGACACGUCUGACUCAGAGUUUGGCUACCCAAUGAGUUCCUGGGUGUGCGGGUUGCCGGGACACCAGCUUUCCUAUAAGGCGAGAGAGGGUGCGUGCCAUGCCAUUGAGAACUACCUGUGCCGGUUGAGGGAGGAGAGCAGGUUGCUAAGGACACACUGUUACCGGGCAAUGCUGGAGACAGUAAUCAGGGGGGCGAGGCCUGAGCUGCGGAGGGCGGGAAUCCAGACGAUAAAGAAGGCUCACUUACUGCCCUUUACAGAGUACGCCCGUCUGGGUCUUCCCCGUGUGGGCCUGCCUGCCGAGCUUCCCCUGGACCUGGGCCGGUUGGAGGCCAUGCUGAAGCAACAGGGCCGGGUGGUGGUUUACUUCAGCCUGGCUUUGCUGCUGGCCCCAGUGGUGGAAACAUUGGUUUUGCUUGACAGAAUGAUCUUUCUGCAGGAGAACGGUAUCUGGAGUCGUCUGGUUCCCCUCUUUGACCCGAACUUCUCUUCCCGGAACCUCGUGCUUGUGGCCCUGAAGUCCAACAUGACUGGGGAGGAAAAAUGAAGAGUGUAGUCUAAAAAUAAGGGACUUUUUUUCUAUCUUUAUUUUACAUGCAUUACCUUUACAAAAAGAGAAGGUUUUUUUUUUUGUUUUUUUUUUGGAUGGCUGGUGUCCUCCCUUGUUGCCUGGUGAAGCAGUUUGUUGGAAAUAUAUUUGAUGUGGUUUGGGCCUCAUCUGUCAUGGCGGCUCCCAGCCACUCCAGCCCUGUUCCCUUCAUCUCAUGUCUAGCCCUGCUCUGACAUCAUCCCAGUCCUGAAUCCUGUCCAGUUUUCCUAGGUUACCCAUUUGCCCCGAAGCUUUUUCUGAUUUUUCAGUUGUGUUUCUGUGUAUUUAAGUUGGGCUGUUUGGUUUGAUGGUUGUCAGAGCGCGCCGUCAUGUGUCCUCGUGUGUUUCUGGUACCCUCAUGUUUCUUACCAUUCAAACCUUUUGUGUUAUUCCUGAACCCGCUGUGACAUCAUCUUCUGAUCUGAGCCGGUGGAUGGUACUGGUGCUGGUAUCUUGUCAUUGCUUUUUUUUUUGGCGUAUUCUUUGGCAUCUUAACGGAACAAAAUGUCGGUUAUUUCUAAGCUUUUAAAAAAUAUUUUCACUGUUAUUUAUAUUGUUUUAUUGUGAUUGUUUUUUUUGUAGAUCUGCUUUUAUGACAUUUAUACCAGAAAUAAAGGGAAUUAGUCAUUUAGAUUCUUUGUGGAAUCAGAGAUGGUUAUGGUAGGAAGAACUGCAUUGUGGGAAGGAUGUUUGUAUGUCGUACCUGGACAGUGAUACCAUAUUCUCAUAGCUUACCACCUUUAUUACGUACUAUGACCAUGGCAGCGCACAAUGGAAAAACAAAAGCCAGACGUUUUGACCCUGGCCUGGCAUGCCUGACAUGGUUUAGCUCUUGGGGGGAACUAGUUGUGGGACCUGUUCUAAGAGGUCUGUGACCAGUUUGUUUGUAAUGUGUGUUCCCCACAGAAGAUGGUGAUAAAGACAGAUGACUGGAAACAGUAAUAAGUGUCCUCUGAUGUUUAUUGAUCCAUUUAGCUGGAGGAAAACGUUCCGCAUAGCUGGAACAUGUAACUGCGUCAGUGAGAGAUCCUGAAAACUUGGACUUAAAUCCAAACAUCUGGACAUCAGUAAGUUUUCAUGUAUUCUUCUUCGUGACGAAAACCAUGAAAUUUGUGUCAUUUUCUCUUAUUUGAUUUCUGAAAACUGGAUACACAAUAUUCGCGAUUACUGAUAAAAUUGUCCAUCCAUCCAGCCAUUUUCUAAGAGCGUCCUUUGGCCAAUGAACAGCCCACUUGCGGUCUCUACUUCUCUCCACUCCUCCUGGAGAAUCCCUCGGAAAUCCUACGAAUUCUGGAGGGUUCUUCUUUUAUUCUUGAAUAUUAUCACUUAAAAGAUCAUCACCAGUCACUUUCUUGAAACAGAGCCAUGC